AUGAAGACCCUUCUCGUUUUGGCUGUUCUCGUUGCCGUCGCUUCUGGGCUCGUUAUUCCAAAGGAGAGAAGUGCGUUGAGCUGCUCAAUGUGCGAGUUGGUCGUCGAGAAGUACGAGGGCUCUGCUGACAAGGACGUGAACACCAUCAAGAAGGUAAGCAAUUUUGGAUAUAACGAACAAAAUCUAAUCUUAUAACACACUCUAGGACUUUGACGCUGAAUGCAAGACUCUCUUCCACACCAUCCCAUUCGGAACUGCCGAGUGCAAGCACUACGUCGACAAGAAGAUUGACCCAAUCAUCAAGGAGCUCGAGAGCGGAACAGCCCCGAAGGACGUGUGCACCAACCUCGGAGAGUGUUAA